ACCGGCAGGUUAAAAGAGGAGGGACUGAAGUGAAAGAGACAGGGACUCGAUUCCAUAAAUUGAUCCUGAUUUGUACUGAAGGAUUAGCUGCUAUUUGAAUUCUCGUCUAGCAGAAUCUUACGGAAUCUGCAGACAUUUAUUGUGAACAAUGUUUAAGGUUUUAUUGUAAAAAAUGUGUUAUCCUGCAUAGUCAGUUGUUUACAAAACAUAUGACAUGUGGAAGGGAGGAUAUUAAGAAAUGGCCAGUUUCUAAGGCGGUGGAAGAUUUUCUCAGGAAGUGUGAGGUGCAUGCGGAUGAAUCACUGACACAGUUUUGCCAUGACCACGGUCAGCUGUGCUGCUCUGCAUGUGUUGGAACAAUUCACAGCCAGUGCAGUAAAGUGACCCAGAUUUCGGAGCUGACCAACACGCAGCCCUCAGGCCUAGAGGGGCUGUCAGUGGAGCUGGAAACUGUCCUGGGGGAAAUUAAAACCCUGCAGAUCAGUCAGGAGGCCAGCAUUCAGUCAUUGCAGAGAACAUACAAUGAACAUAGCGAAGUUAUGAUAGAGCAAAUGUGUGGCAAUUUAAAUACUUAUAUAGAUGAAUGUGAUAAUAAUUCUGUGGGUACAUCAGGCGGAAAUGAGCAAUAUUUAAAAGAAGAGAUGUGUAGGAGUGUUCUCUCUAUCGUGAAUGAAUUUGAUAAUAUUACUGCGAAGGAACUUAACGAGAUGAGAGAUGAAGUUAUAAGCAUUAAAGGGUCAGUUACAAGUUCUAUGCAUAAAUGCACCAGUCUUCACAAUGACUUGUCACAAUUCCAUGAAAUUGUUCAGAAAAUUGGAGAUCAUAAGGAGCUCUGCCUUAUAGCCAGCAUAAAAUGUAAGCAUAUAAUACAGCAGGCACUGACUCUGCUGGGAAAGUCAGGCAAGGCGUUUAAUGUCCAGGGGAAGUCUGAGUACAAUGUGAGAAUACCAAUUGAUUCAGAUGAAUGUUGGAUCACAGGCAUAUGUGUUCUGACUGAUGGGCAGGUGCUGAUCGCAGACUGGGAGAAUGAGAGGUUCAAGCUGCUGAACCAGCAGUACCAGGUGGUGAGUCACUGGGAUGUUAAUGCUAGGCCAGUUGACAUUUGUUUGAUCACACCCAGUGAGGUUGCAGCGGCUGUGGAUACUUUCAACAAACAUGAGGUCCAGUUUAUCACUGUCAACCAGGGAAAGCUUGUUCCUGGCAGGAAGUUUCAGUUACAACAUGAAUGUACAGGUAUUGCCCAUCACUAUGGAGACCUUUUUGUCACCUCUGGUCAAGAACUGUACAAAUACUCACUGAAUGGCAAACUGAUCUGCAGACUCUACCAAGAUAGAUCAGCUGAUUGGACAGUAUUCAAGUGUGCUGUGAGUCCCACAGGAGACAGGCUGUACAUCACCUGCUACUUGAAUAACAAGCUUCUCACCCUGGCCAGGGAUGGCACACUCCUGGCUACAUACACAGACCCAGCACUAGGUGUCCCAACUGGUCUACAUGUGACCCCUGCAGGCCAGGUGCUGGUCUGUGGAUGGCUUUUACAGCACUGUACUACAGGUGGGCUGGGAGGGGCAGAGUAA